UGGCAACACUGACACGACAAGUUCGGACAGUGCGACAUCGCGACGAGUUCGUCGCGCACGAUUGUGUUUGCACAUAAUUAUUGAAAAUGUCGAUCCCUUACAGCGGGACCAAAAGGCGAUCCAUCGGUGUGAUGGCCGCGAUCAUAAAGCAUCUAAAAAUCAUUAAUUUAACGCCGGUUAAAAGGAUCGACUUCCGUUUCGACCCGUUCCACGAGCGAGUCAAGCCGAUAAGAGAUUUUCAAUUUUUCAUUAGCGCGCCGAGAAUUUGUGCGACAAACCCGUAUUGUUUGAUGAAAACAGAAGUCGUAUGCGAUCGUUCUGAACCAACCGUUACAUUCAGUCUUCAAUCAGGUGAUAAGGUGAUAUUAAAAACAGGUCUUUUAACGUGCUUGAACAUUUUGGAGCUUUACAACAAGCAUAUUGCCAGCUUAAUUCCGCCUGACCCAGCUGUGCUUGAAGCUCAAAAAGAGCUCCAAGAAAAGAAGAAAAAGAAAAAGAAAUCGCAUCAUAAACACAAAGAAGGAAAAAAGAAGAGACCAGUAAAAUUACUGGGUUAAUUUAAUUGGCGACUUAUUAGAUUACUUACGAUUACUCGACUGGUAAUAAAUUAAAUAUCACUGAUUUUUUUUUGUGGCCAAGUUUUCAUUAAAGUUUAUUUAAAUAUACGAAUAUUUAAAUUAUAGUUCUUCGACAAAUAUCAUCGAAAUCGCUUUAUACUAUUUUCUGACGUUUUAUAAAUAAUUUAAGUGAAAGAUUAUUAACUGGAAAAAGUUAAUCAUCUACUGCGUAAUAUUUGAUUUAAAUUAAUCUUCAAAUCUGCUUAAAAUUUUGUAAAGUAAUGUCCAAAUAAACAUUACAACAAUUAUUUAUAUUCUUGCAGGGUUUUUCAUUUUCUAGAAAUCGAAAAACGUUCAAUCUACAUUAACUUUAUAGUUUUGAUACUCAUUUUAUUACGAUAAAGCCAAUCGUACAAAAAAA